AUGCGGGACCCUGAGGUGGUGACGGCUGAAGGGGAGGAUGGAAACCUUUGGGAUGAGGGUGGGGUUGAGCUGGCAGGAAUUUGGGGCUCCCUCUCACCCCAUUCCCCCCCUCCAGGCAAGAGGAAGGGCACGGCCAACGCCCGCAUGCCCGAGAAGGUCACCUGGAUGCGGCGCAUGCGGAUCCUGCGGCGGCUGCUGCGGCGCUACCGCGAGUCCAAGAAGAUCGACCGCCACAUGUACCACAGCCUGUACCUGAAGGUCAAGGGCAACGUGUUCAAGAACAAGCGGAUCCUCAUGGAGCACAUCCACAAGCUGAAGGCCGACAAAGCCCGCAAGAAGCUCCUGGCGGACCAGGCGGAAGCGCGGCGCUCCAAGACCAAGGAGGCGCGGAAGCGCCGGGAGGAGCGGCUGCAGGCCAAGAAGGAGGAGAUCAUCAAAACCCUGUCCAAGGAGGAGGAGGCCAAGAAGUGACCUCGGGCUGUCCCCUGCUCCCAGCCUGUUCCAUCCCCGGGCCUCCAAUAAAACAUCCCGGACUCUU